CUAACUCCGUCUUUCCGUCAUCAAACCGAAUGUCAAAAUAAAUGUGUUUAAUUGAAUGUUUAUGUUCAUAAAUUUAUCACAAAAAAGAUUACUUUCUCUCGGAGCGUACUUAAAAAGAAUGGGUAGAAGAAAUCGUAAUGUCAAUAAAUUCGCUCAACGCAAAAGGGAACGUAGGGAACAGGAAAAAAAUCCUCAAGAAAAGCCUGCUGGUGAUACACGUAAACAUUAUGAAGAUAUUGUCAGAGAAAAUGCGGCGUUCGAGGAAUAUUACAAGGUACAAAAAGUGUGCCCUGAAGAAGAAUGGUCAAUAUUUAUGAAGACUCUGAAGGAGAACCUACCAACAGCAUUCCGCAUCACAGGCUCCAAGUGUGAGGCUGAUGGUCUAUUGAAGAUUGUGAAAAGUGAAUACUUCUCAGAACUACUGAAUGUGAAGUUGAAAGUGGAAGGCACUGAUGAAGAGGAGGAGAUAAAACCUAUAAACUUACCAUGGUACCCUGGCGGCCUGGCGUGGCAACUCCGUCUCUCUCGUACGGACAUCCGGCGCAGCGAGCCGCUGUACCGCCUGCACAACUUCCUAGUAGCGGAGACCGCGGCUGGCGGCGUGUCACGUCAGGAGACCGUCUCCAUGAUACCACCGGUUGUGCUAGAUGUGCAACCGCAUCAUAAGGUAUUAGAUAUGUGUGCAGCACCUGGCUCGAAGACGGCGCAACUGAUUGAGUUUCUUCAUGCAGAUGAAGACAAAGUGCCCACUGGCUUCGUGAUGGCGAACGACGUGGACAACAGCCGGUGCUACAUGCUGGUGCACCAGGCCAAGCGGCUCAACUCACCUUGCAUACUCAUCACCAACCACGACUCGGCCGUCAUGCCGUCCUUGCUCAUCGGUGAUGAACAGAAUCCAUCAUCGACAAAGCAGCUGAAGUUCGACCGUAUUUUGGCGGACGUGCCGUGCUCGGGUGACGCCACGCUCCGCAAGAAUCCGGACAUCUGGCUCAAGUGGUCGACCGGCAACGGGAACAACUUACAUGGCGUGCAGUAUCGGGUGGCACGUCGCGGCUGCGAGCUGCUGGCGGUGGGCGGACGGCUGGUGUACUCCACGUGCUCCUUCAACCCCAUCGAGAACGAGGCCGUCGUGCACAGGAUACUGCAGGAAGCAGGCGACGCGCUGCGGCUCGUCGACGUCGCGGACAUGCUGCCUGGACUCAAGUACCGGAAAGGAAUGACCCACUGGCGUCCAGCAUCAAAAGACAUGGUGUUCUACGACAAAUAUGAGGAUGUGCCGGAGAAGUGGCAGACCGUGGUGCGGCCACAGAUGUUCCCGCCCAAGCCUGAGGACGUACAUAAAUAUAACUUGGAGAAAUGUAUAAGAAUCCUCCCACACCAACAAGACACUGGUGGUUUCUUUGUGGCAGUAUUCGAAAAAACAAAACCUUUGCCCUGGGAAAAAGAGGAAACAAGCAUAGAGAACAACACAGAAGUCACAGAAGAAAAGAAAGAACCGCCGAAGAAGAAAAGAAGAAUGGGCGGUUACAGGGAAGACCCGUUUGUCUUCUUCUCUGGAGACAGUGAAGAUGUGUUCCCUUCAAUAAAAGAGUAUUAUGACUUACAAGCAGACUUCGACUCUACCUGCCUGUUAACAAGAUGUCAUGUGGGGAAGAAGAAGAAUAUAUACUUAGUAUCGCCGAUAGUGAAAGAUGUUGUACAGAGAAAUGAGACAAAUAUAAAAAUUAUUAAUACCGGUGUGAAAACAUUUGUGAGGUGUGACAAUAAGAAUAUGGUGUGCCCGUUUAGGUUAUCUCAAGAAGGCCUACAGAGUAUAUCGCCGUCAAUAGGUCCCAAACGGCGACUCAGGAUAUUAAAAGAAGAUUUGAUAUUGGUGCUGCAGAACGACAAUCCCAGCAAUCCACCAGACAUCAAGCUGUUCAGCGAACAUACGCAGGCGCUGGUCAAAGAUUUCGCAACAGGCAGCUGCGUCCUGGAGUACAGAGACGGCGAGUCGGGCCUGCAGCUGACGCUGGUGGGCUGGCGCGGGGUGCACUCGCUGCGGGCCUACACCGCCACGCCCGACACUGUUCACUAUCUGCGGCUGCUGGGAGCCGAUCACAGUAAAUAUGAUAUAAAUAAAUUUAAAAAGGCAUCAGAUGUACCCGACGCCGAUGUGGCCUCAACAGACGUGUCAGAAAUCCCCGAGACCUCAAGUUUGCAGGAGAAUGGCGCCAAUAAUGAGGAUAUUACAGAAAACGGUGCACAGAGUACAAGUAGUUAGUAAAAAUCUAAUUCUGAUGUAAAUGUUUACACGACUUUUUCAAUUGUUUCAAAAGAUCUUUACAAAUAAGACGUACCGUUGUGUAUUUAUUUUGUUAUAAUAAUAUAAAUUAUAUAUAUUAUUAUAAA